AUGGCCGCAGUACUUUUCCAGAAGAAGCAGCCUCUAGGCUGGACUUUUUUUAGCCCAAGGAAAUUUGAGCCUACAUCUGUAACUCUGGUGGUUGCUAACAGGGAGGCUAUAGGGUCAUCUAGUCCUCAGACCGUGCACCCACCAUCACUUCUGUGGGACCAGGGGGACUUCACCAAAAGCAAGGUGAUGAAUAGGAUACAAACAGGUCCCCCGUGCAAGUACUGGCAUUAUGAUGAUAACCUGCUCACCUCCAGCGUUGUCAUUGUCUUCCAUAAUGAAGGAUGGUCCACACUCAUGAGGACAGUCCACAGUGUCAUUAAGAGAACACCAAGGAAAUACUUGGCAGAAAUUGUCCUGAUUGAUGAUUUUAGCAACAAAGCACACUUAAAAGAGAGGCUGGAUGAGUAUAUUAAGCAGUGGAACGGCCUUGUGAAGGUAUUUCGAAAUGAGAGGAGAGAAGGUUUAAUCCAGGCUAGGAGCAUUGGAGCCCAGAAGGCUAAACUUGGACAGGUUUUGGUUUACCUUGACGCCCAUUGUGAGGUGGGAAUUAAUUGGUACGCGCCACUUAUAGCUCCUAUAUCUAAGGACAGAACUACAUGUACUGUACCUCUAAUAGAUUACAUAGAUGGGAAUGAUUAUUCCAUUGAGCCACAACAAGGUGGGGAUGAAGAUGGUUUUGCCAGAGGGGCCUGGGACUGGAGUUUGCUCUGGAAACGAAUUCCGUUAAGCCACAAGGAAAAAUCCAAACGAAACCAUAAAACUGAGCCUUAUCGGUCCCCCGCCAUGGCAGGCGGAUUGUUUGCCAUUGAACGCGAUUUCUUCUUCGAACUAGGUCUCUACGACCCAGGUCUGCAGAUCUGGGGUGGGGAAAAUUUUGAAAUCUCUUACAAGAUCUGGCAGUGUGGGGGAAAACUGUUGUUUGUUCCCUGUUCUCGUGUUGGACACAUCUAUCGUCUCCAGGGUUGGCAAGGAAAUCCUCCUCCAGUGUAUGUUGGGUCUUCUCCCACCUUAAAGAACUAUGUCAGAGUUGUGGAAGUGUGGUGGGACGAAUACAAAGACUACUUUUAUGCCAGUCGGCCAGAAACAAAAGCGCUACCCUAUGGAGAUAUAUCUGAGCUGAAAAAAUUUCGUGAAGAUCACAACUGCAAAAGUUUUAAGUGGUUUAUGGAAGAAAUAGCAUAUGAUAUAACUUCAUAUUAUCCCUUACCACCUAAAAACGUGGACUGGGGAGAGAUAAGAGGCUUUGAGACUGCUUACUGUAUUGAUAGCAUGGGGCACACCAACGGUGGCUUCGUUGAGCUUGGGCCGUGCCACAGAAUGGGAGGAAAUCAGGUNNNNCGAAUCAAUGAAGCUAAUCAGCUCAUGCAGUAUGAUCAGUGCUUAACGAAAGGGCCGGAUGGAUCCAAAGUUAUGAUCACACACUGUAAUCAGAAUGAAUACAAGGACUGGCAAUACUUCAAGAAUCUGCACAGAUUUACUCACAUUCCGUCAGGGAAGUGCUUGGAUCGCUCCGAAGUCCUCCAUCAAGUUUUCAUUUCAGAGUGUGACUCCAGUAAAGCCACGCAAAAAUGGGAAAUGAACAACAUCCUUAGCGUGUAGACAGACAGAACCCUACCUGCUGACACGUUUGUACAGGACUGAACAUAGCCUGAAAAGUGCUGCAAUUAUUAACGUUGUACAGCUGCGAGCCUCCUGGCUUGGGUGAAGGACGUAGAGGAGCUGUGAUUAUUACAAUAACAUUAUCAUCCGCCGUUAAUGUUUACAGAACUGCUUUACCUUAAUCUCUGUAGAUGUUUACAUCUUUUUUUGUUUUCAGACGUCGGUAAAUUAAUGUGCUGUUAACUGUGUUUCACAGGAACAUGGUUAAAAGUGUUGUCGUCUUCUUUGGGAUUACACUCAGGGGUCUGAAGGCAGUUUUUUUACACACACUUGAAAAGGUUGGAGUAACCAGAUUU